AUGACAAUCAUUUGCUAUUAUGCAUUGAUCGGUGCUGCUCACUGGGCAACACCCGAGCAAAUCCUGGCAGCCAUUGAGCUGGCCAUGGAGGACGUGAACAACGGCGACCUGAGUGUCGACCUUCUACGAACGGUGAUGCACGUGCUGCUGAGCCCGGAGCGUCGAGCGGCCCACGACCGAAUGCACCGUCUCGACUGCGGGAUGUGUCCGCGGUGGUUCAACCUGGCUCCAGACUCGCCACUCGCUGACAAAGCUUCCCUCUCGCGCAGCUUCUCUGAGCAGCAGCCAGACGCGUCCUUGUGGGUUAAGGUCCCGUGCCCGCUUCGUUCUCUGGUCGCAAAGCGGCAGAGGAAAGGUCGUAGGACCGCUCCUCGGCCGCUCUGGGAAGCAGCGGAUACGAAGCGGCACGCGGCGGCGAAGAAGGUGCUGGUGCUCCGGGCGGACGGAGCAACCACGGUCGAUGCGAUCUACGGACGCAUGGGGUGGGCUGUUGGUGCGAUGGGAGGAGAUCGGCGUCGCCAAGUGACGAGUCAAGAGCAGAGGUGA